AAAAUAUUUCCGUUUGUUUUCAAAUAAAACGUCUAGGUUAGCAUGUGGACAUAUAUAUCUGUUAUAAACUUUUGCAAGUUAAAAAUAUUUUAUUAAAACUAGAAAAUAACAACAUUGAUUUUUUGAGAAAAUAAGUUGAAGAAAAAAAAUAAAUAAAUUAACAAUGACUGAAACAUUAAAUGCAGCUAACACAAAUGAAUUCAAGAGUGAUUCUGUUAACUUUAUACCAGAAAUACGUAAAAUGAUGUACGGCUUUGGAGACUGCUCGGAACCUCUUGUAGAAUCAGCAAAAAUAAUUAACAGCGUAGUUCAUCGUGAGAUAAGAAAUAUUAUUUGUGAGUCGUGUAAAAUAGCUGAUAUGAGAGAUUCUCAAAUAGUUGAAGAUAAAGAUUUGCUGUUCUUACUCCGUCAUGACAAGAUUCAACUCCAACGACUGAUUAAGUAUCUUGAUCUGAAAGAGUUUAAAUCGUCCAUAAACAAAGUUCUGGAAGCUGAAUCUGUUGACGGCUGUCCUGGCAUUGAUGAGACUAAGAAAAAAAGUUCUCAUCAUAAAUUCAUUGAAUCUAUUGAUAAUAUUGGAGAUUUAACUGACACUAGUGACACAAUGGACGUCGUGAAACUCAAUCGUGAGCUUCGAGCUGAGUUAGCGAGCCGAAAAUUGAAUACCGUACAAUAUUUUGAGUACACUAAAGCAAGGUCUGCGUCAUUUGCUAAUAAAUUCUCUCCUAAAUUUAUCACCUGGCUCGCUAGCGAAGAUAUUAAAAUGUCCAAGACUGUUUACACCAUACUAAGCUAUUUGGCGUACGAAACAGUGGCACAAAUAGUAGAUCUAGCUCUUUUAGUGCGUCAGGAUCAAAAUAAAAUUUAUGGAGAUAGUUUAGAUAGAGUAAAACUUAACUAUUGCAAUCCUACGACUUAUAAACCUUAUCACCAUGGCAGAAGUCCAGGAAUAAAUCCAAUUUCUCCAGCAGAAAUAAACGAAGCUUUAAGACGUUAUUGGUCUCCACAAUUAGAUCGCGCUGGACCUUUUCAACGUCGCUCGUUACAUCGACAGGAUCGUAAGUUUUUAUCAUUCCAAACAGGCUGAAUAUAAAUUUUGUUUCAAUAAAUUAUUAUUAAAAUAGUAA